AUUCAUUACAGGGUGUCAUUCAAAGUGGCUACGGCGGGCUUGAGCGCGGGGAAAGUUCUCUCCCAGAAGAUCUGGUUAGAAGUUGUUUGCCAUUAGUGCGGCGUCGACGGUCGAUUUAUUCGCUGAUCGUUCGUCCGGUUUGUGUGUGAUGCUGAGGGGGUGUCGAAAACCGCUCGGCAAGGAAGAUUCUGAGCGCCUUCGCUGUACUCGCGCAGUUUAGUUCUAGUGCGUACGCCACCCCGUCUGGACGUGCCGUCUUCGGAGUAGUGCCUUGGCUUAGUACGAGUGUAACAAGUUCUCUCUUGUACAAAAGCAGCGUUGUGUAAUAAAGAACUGUUUAGUUUACUGGACUGGUAUUAUAUAGAAAUUGGAAAUUGCUCGUUUUGGCUGUACCUUAAGUGACAGUUCGUGGCAAGGAUCGCACCAACCGCGCUCAGUUCUAAUUGAAUCAAUUUGUUUUCGGUGCUUUUGCCGCGAGCUCUCGUGUAAUCAAGCGCCGGUUAUGUCUGCUAUGCAAAUCGGCCGGCCGUUGCAAUUGUUUCUCAACGAUAAUCAGCAACAAAAACGUCUCUGACUGAAAUCAGCGCUUAUUAGCAGUAGACUGUUAACUGUAAACUUGUGUUAGGAAUCACGUUGCCGGCGGUGUGCUGCCAUUAUUAGGAUGGACUUUUGCUGAUAACGAGUAUCUAAUGAAGCUUCAAUCGUAACAUCGGGAUUAGGAAUAACGUAUUGUUAUUUAUCUUCUGUAAAUUAGCUGUCUCACUGGUGAGAUUAAGGAUUGUAGAAGUUAUAACUGACAGUAGAGUGGAAAUAACACGUGUCAUCCAACGAGGAGUUACGCGUUUUCGCGGCUAAUUUUGUUGUGUACAUCAGUCCGUUUAGGUUCAACGGAUAUUUUAUUUCAAAAAAAUGGAUAUCACUUUCGACAACAUUACCUACACCGUCUCGGUGGGGAAAAAAGGUAAAAAAUCCGUCUUGAAUGGCGUUUCGGGAAAGUUCAACUCUGGUGAGCUGACAGCGAUUAUGGGACCAUCCGGAGCCGGUAAAUCUUCGCUGUUGAAUAUUCUCACCGGAUACACAAAAACGGGCGUCAAAGGCUCCCUCCACAUUGGCACCGCCGUCGGAAGCAAUAAAUUGUGCAGCUAUAUCCUGCAGGAAGAUAAUCUGCAUCCGUUCUUCACUGUCCAGGAGAUAAUGACGAUGGCAUGUGAUUUGAAAAUAUCAUCACGAUGCUUGAAGCACAACGAUAAACAACGAUUGAUUGACAACAUUCUGGACACUUUGCAUCUCAAGUUUACCAAGCAGACUCGAUGCGGUAAUCUCUCCGGUGGACAGAAGAAGCGUCUAUCAAUCGCGUUGGAGCUUAUCGAUAAUCCACCGGUUCUCUUCCUGGACGAGCCAACGACAGGCCUGGACAGCUCGUCCUCGCUGUAUACAAUUAAGCUGCUGCAGGGAUUGGCCCGGGAAGGGCGCACAAUCGUAUGCACCAUCCAUCAACCAUCUGCCACGGUGUACGAGAUGUUCGAUCAUGUUUACGUCCUCGCCGAAGGGCACUGCGUCUAUCAAGGGUCGGCACUUAACACCGUACCGUAUCUGCGCUCCGUUGGAUUGCAGUGUCCACAGUAUCACAACGCCGCCGAUUACCUGCUAGAGGUAGCGAAUAAAGAGUAUGGCAAUUUCGUUAACGCCCUCUCGAAAGCGGCCGUCGAGUGCCACUGGCGUAAACCGGAACCGUGCAUCGUUCCGGCAACUCCACCUCCGCACUAUCUGGCAUAUGACAGCAAUCAUAACGGGGCGAAUGCCGUCGUAUACAACAGCACCGUCAUCGUCAGCGCGGACGACGCGAAUGAUGACAGCAAACAGCUUCCCCCGUACCGGAUACGUAAGCCGAACGAGUUCACCAAAUUGUUGAUCCUGAUGCGGCGAUGCAACGUGCAGCUCUACCGGGAUUGGACUGUAACCCACCUGAAACUUUUCUUCCACGUCGUGUGUGCCAUCGUAGUCGGUUUACUGUUCGGUGAUUCCGGAAUCAAUGGCACCAAAAGUGUCUCGAAUGUCGCCUCUUUUCUGGUGCACAUACUAUAUCUGUGGUAUACAACACUAAUGCCAGGAGUGCUUAAAUUUCCGUCCGAAAUGAAGAUUCUACGAAAAGAAUCGUUUAACAAUUGGUACAAAAUAAGAACUUAUUUUAUAGCGACUAUGCUGACUAGUUUACCAGUUCAGAUUUUCUUCUCCAUCGUCUACAGUACGAUAGUUUUCACGCUAACAUCGCAGCCUUUAGAAUCCGAUCGUUUCCUGAUGUUCCUGGCCGUAUUGGUGCUAACCACAAUCGUCGCCGACGGAUACGGCAUCUUCCUCGGAACGUUCCUUAAUCAAAUUAAUGGAACCUUCAUCGGGGCUAUCACGACCUGCUACUUGCUGGUGUUUUGCGGUUUUCUCAUCCUGUUCAGCCACAUGUCGGAGCUGAUGAAAGCUUUAAGCUAUUCGUCAACAUUGCGGUACGGGCUGGAAGGUCUUGUGCUGGCCAUGUACGAUAACGGCCGCUCCAAUUUGGUGUGCCCGGAAGAGGAAUUGUAUUGUCACUAUGUCAAGCCGUCUACCAUUUUGAAGGACCUCGGAAUGGUACCGGAGAAUUACUUGUUCAACGUCGCGAUGCUGGCGGUUCAAUUUAUCGUCAUCAAAGUGGCCGGUUUCUGGUCACUGAAACGGAAGCUAAAGAGCGGUUAGUUACAGGACGGGCUGGUCUGCUGGUCGCUUGGACUAUUGAUAGCCCCAGCAAAGGUUUCUUGCCAAAUAAUUCAACUUGCCACAAACACAAUAGGGAUGUAGAUUUAUGACAGAUAUUUAGUGGAUAGUGUAAGUGAGGGCUUUGGUGCAACAUUUGACACUUCGUGUGUGAAGUCUUUACGAACGGAAAUUAUUUUUUUUUGCUUGAAAAAGCCUCUGAAGAUUGACUAAUAUUUGUAAGUAUUUGAAACGAAUUUAGGGCAGCAUGAAAUUAACAGUACAAGUCGUGAAUAACAGAAACAAGUGCACUUACUUAUUUAUAGUAAAUUAUGACUAGAUAUAAACUGAGAAUGUGAUAAUUGCAGUUGAUUGUACUUCAAGUAUAAACUUACACAAGUUAAAUAUAUACACGAAAUUUAUACAUAAAGGA